AUGCUGGUCUUCCUUCUCUUUUACACUCGCUUUUCUGAACCGACAAUCGCGUGGAAAGACCCCCCUGAGGAUGGCGCGGACCUCUAUGUGGUCCUCGGGACGAGUACCCUGUCGCCUUCGGGCGGCGGGCGAAACCAACUCGCGCCGCAUCCGAGCUUCACAAAAACUCAAGGUGUGCUCCUUCCUUCUGCUGUCCGCGAGCUGGUGGCUAGUCUGUACCGCGGGUGCUCCGACGUUCCGGUACAAUUCUGGCGAGACCACUGA